AGCAGCAGCGAGCCCCAUCCUCAUCAUCACCAUCCCGCCGCCGCCGCCGCGCCCCCCCACCCCCCUCUCUCCCCAGCCUUUGUUAGCCAUGCCUAGCCUGGUAGUGUCAGGGAUAAUGGAAAGGAACGGGGGCUUCGGGGAUCUGGGCUGCUUCCCAGGGAGCAGCAAGGACAGGGCGCUGCUGGAAGAUGACCGGGCGCUGCAGCUGGCCCUGGACCAGCUCUGCCUACUGGGCUUGGGGGAGCCUUCGGCCGCCGCCGCGCCCUCCGCCUCGGCCCUGGGGGUCGGUGGCGGGGUCGUGGAGGACGGCAGCAGCAACCAGCCGGCGCAGCCCCCGGCGCCGCCCCCGCCACAGCAGCAGCCCCAGCCGCCUCAAGCGCCCCUGCCACAGCCGCCGCCGCCGCCGCCUCCUCCUCCGCCGCCAGCUUCAGCAGCGCAGCAGCAGCAGCAGCCCCCGUCGCAGGCGGCUCCCAAAGGCUCCUCGGCGGCGGCGGUGGCCGUGAUCCCACCUCCGCCGCCGCUGCCACCCGCGCCCCCGACCGGCGGCGCCUCUGCCGAGGCCGGCAAGCUCUGCGUCCUGUACAAAGAAGCCGAGCUGCGCCUCAAGAGCAGCUCCAACACCACCGAGUGCGUCCCGGUGCCCAGCUCCGAGCACGUGGCCGAGAUCGUGGGCAGGCAAGGUUGCAAAAUCAAAGCUCUGAGGGCAAAGACUAACACCUACAUCAAGACUCCAGUACGUGGGGAAGAGCCUGUCUUCAUGGUGACUGGGCGGAGGGAGGACGUCGCCAUGGCAAGGAGGGAAAUUAUUUCUGCAGCUGAGCACUUCUCCAUGAUCCGUGCUUCUCGUAACAAGGCUGGCACCACCUUCGGCAGUGCUCCAACCUUGCCGGGGCAAGUCACCAUCCGGGUCCGGGUCCCAUACCGCGUGGUAGGCUUAGUGGUGGGGCCUAAAGGAGCUACCAUCAAGCGGAUCCAGCAGCAGACCAACACCUACAUCAUCACACCCAGCCGGGACCGGGACCCUGUCUUCGAAAUCACGGGAGCCCCAGGCAACGUGGAGCGAGCCCGAGAGGAGAUUGAAACUCAUAUAGCCGUCCGGACAGGCAAGAUCCUAGAAUACAACAACGAGAAUGACUUCCUGUCCAGCAGUCCUGACUCGGGCAUGGAGAACCGAUACUCGGAGGCCUGGCGGGUUCACACUCCAGCCCCUGGAUGCAAGCCUCUCUCCACCUUCCGUCAGAACAGCCUCGGGUGCAUUGGCGACUGCUCUGUGGACCCUGCCUAUGAGACACCCCGGCUGAAUGACCAAAACGAUUUCAAUUACAGUUACCUCUUCCCCAACUAUGGUGUCAACAAACAAGAUCUGUAUUACGGCGUGCCAGAGUCUGGUGCUCCUUUGUGGGCUGGGCAGGAGAACACCAACCCUGUCUCAGUCCUCUUCUCCAAGCAGCAGCGAUCUAGCAAUACGAGCACCAUCCAUCCCAACUCGCACCGCUCCCCAUCCUCAUCCAUACAAGAGCCUACCCUCUCUGGGCUUCCUAGAAGGUCUCAGGGGGAGCCUUUGCAAGGGUUUUCCAAACUGGGUGCUUCUCCUGCCACCCGGACGUCCAUCUCCAGCAGCCGGGAGUGCAUGGUGUGCUUUGAGAGUGAGGUGACGGCAGCUCUGGUCCCCUGCGGCCACAACCUCUUCUGCAUGGAGUGUGCCGUGCGGAUCUGUGAGCGGACUGACCCGGAAUGCCCCGUGUGCCAUGCAGCAGCCACUCAGGCCAUUAGAAUAUUUUCUUAAGAGAGAGAGAGAGAGAGAGAUUGAGGGGGGGA